GGUCGCAAGUUCAUCACGUAUCAAAGCACAAUCAAUACUCCAAUCCAAUCAACCAUGAAGUACACGAUCGCCCUCGUCUUCGCUGCUCUCCUCGCCGUGGUGCUGGCUGCCCCCGCCCCCGAUGCGGACGCUCAGAUCCUGCGCCUGGAGUCGGACGUUAGGCCCGAGGGCUACAACUUUGCUUUGGAGACCAGCGAUGGCAAGAAGCACCAGGAGGAGGGAGAGCUGAAGAACGUCGGCACCGAACAGGAGGCCAUCGUCGUCCGCGGAUCGUACUCCUUUGUGGCCGAUGACGGUCAGACCUACACCGUCAACUACAUCGCCGAUGAGAACGGUUUCCAGCCCGAGGGCGCUCAUCUGCCCAAUGUGCCCAUUGGCAACUAAAGUGGAAGCUGGAAGCGCAAACCGAGAGCUGUUCUAUCUAUAAUGGUUUUAAGUUGAUUAUUAAAUAAACGCGGCAAGA